ACUUUAUCACCUGAUCGUAACGAUCACGUGACAGCUUGAGCGACUGACUCGUACGGUACUCGCUUCAAGCCACAGGUCCGUCCUGCAUGCAUGCCGUGCACCCGGCGAAUUCCCAGCCGACGUGAUCCCGGUACGUGCGCUGCUGAUGAUUCCCCCAUCGCGAGCUUGCUCCUCCGAUCCGAUAUCCGCUACCCUGCCCCUGGAAGUGGAAGGAUUUUUCGACGUGGAUCCACUUCUCCUCGGCCGGCCUCUGGCAAGCGCAAAAAUCAGUGAGAAUGACAGAUGAAAAAAAGAGGAAAGGUUCUUCUCGUCGUGCUCACAAAAGUAACACAGACAACAAUACAGGUGCUAGUCCAUCUGGUCAUCAGCAGCAGAAGCUUCAAGGGAGUGCUAGGGUCAUCAAGGACCACUGCGCCGAUUGGCACAAUCAUAUUGAGAAAUGGAAUGGAAUGAAUGAUGCAGGCUUCGACAUCAUCAACAAGAUCAUCAAUCUUAAACUUCAAUAUAAGAGUGAUAGAGAAAGCAAGCUUGAUGUUCAGACGAGGACCAAGAGUGAAGUAGAGUUCUUGAGUGAGCUGAAUGAUGGAAUGCCAGAAGGCCUCGAGACACUGUGUGAACAGCUGACUGCCAUACAUACAUCUAUGACUACACUGAUGAGCAAGAUGGCAUCUAUCACUAAGCACUUCCAAGGUGUGGAGAAAUUGGAGCAGAAAAAGAAAUCUGACCAGGAUGCCAGUCCAUUGUUUACAAGCUGGUCAGUAGGCAAGUUUGUUCAAGCCUCUCAGCAUCUUCAAGAAAUGUACCAGAAGGAACUUGAGGUCAAGAAGGUGAUCGUCGAGGAUGUAGCUCACCAUGACAACCGUGACAUCAUGAUGAUGUAUGCCUCCUCCUGGCUACAUCAGCCAUAUAUAGAAGAUGAUGCCAUCGUCACAUUGGAGAGUAUGCUUAUAGAGACAGGAUUCAGGUGACAGUGUGGCUUGCUCUCUUAACCAAGACACCAUAUGAUGAUGUAUGCUUCCAUGUGGCUACAUCAGCCAUUCAUUGAAGAUGAUGUGACUUGCUCUCUUGACCAUAACACCAUGCUGUUGUAUGCUUUCACCUGGUUCCUUCAAGUAUAGUUUGGAGAUGAUUCAGUAAUAACGUUAGAGUGUAUGCUUUACAGAGACAGGAUUUGGGUGAUGGUGUGACUAGCUCUCUUACCCGUGACAUCAUGAUGUUGUAUAACUCUUCUUGGCUACGUCAGCCGUAAAUUGAAGGUGAUGCAGUAGUUAUGUUGCAGAGUAUGCUUACAUAGACAGGAUUUAGGUGAUAGUGUGACCUGCUCUCUUACCCGUGACAUCAUGCAUGGUGUUGUAUAACUCUUCUUGGCUGAUACAGUGGUUACGUUUGAAACUAGAGUAUGCUUACGUAGACAGGAUUUAGGUGACAGUGUGACCUGCUCUCUUAACCAUGACAUCAGGAUGAUGUGUGCUUCCACCUGGCAACAUCAGCCUUACAUUGAAGACGAUGCGUCGUAUGCUUACAAAGACAGGAUUUAGGUGACAGUGUGACCUGCUCUCUCUACCGUGACAUCAUUAUGGUGUAUAACUCUUCUUGGCUACAUCAGCCAUAAAUUGAAGGUGAUGCAGUAGUUAUCUUGCGUCGUAUGCUUACAAAGACAGGAUUUAGGUGACAGUGUGACCUGCUCUCUCUACCGUGACAUCAUGAUGGUGUAUAACUCUUCUUGGCUACAUCAGCCAUAAAUUGAAGGUGAUGCAGUAGUUAUCUUGCGUCGUAUGCUUACAAAGACAGGAUUUAGGUGACAGUGUGACCUGCUCUCUCUACCAUGACAUCAUGAUGGUGUUUAACUCUUCUUGGCUACAUCAGCCAUAAAUUGAAGGUGAUGCAGUAGUUACGUUGCAGAGUAUGCUUACAGAAACAGGAUUUGGGUGACAAGAUGUCUAACACCACAUUGGCUAGCCCAUUUGGUCUAGUCUUGAUUUGGUCAAAUUUCCGUUUUGUCUACACUACACUUGCUCUUUAUCCUUUCACUUUAGUCUCUUUGUUAUUUAGUCUAAUGCCCAAAUGGUCUAAUCGCCACUUCAUCUGCUUCUCAUUUUGCGCUUUGUCAAAUGAAAAUUUGAUUCUUAUACAGUGCGUAUAGAACAUGUUACAUUUACUUGGAAAAGCUGUCAGAAUUUUGUGUAUGAAUAUGAAGGAGACUUUUUGAUAUUGGUAGAUGCUCUAAAGUCUUCUUUAUCAUCUGAUAACAAAAAUGCACAUUUUCGUUCCAGCUUGACCAAAUACUGACUAAUGGAGGUAGGCUGUGACUAUCCUACUGAUGAUAAAUAAUCAGUCAAGGAGCACGUGGUAUUGGUCCAGAUGAGGCUACGCUGACAAUUCAAUUCAAUUUAUUCUUUAUUGUCAAUAAUAGCACAAGAAAUGCGUCAUGGUCACAUAUAAGAUUCCAUAAUAUAACAAGUACAUAUCAUCAAAAAUGCUGAAAUUAUACACUUUGAAGGGCACUGCUUAGUUAAUAUUUACAAUUAAUUGCACUAAUAUAAAACUAGAAAAAUGAUGAAAUGACGUUGAAAAAGGGCAAUUUAUAAAUUAAAGGUUUUUGAGAAAUGUAAUUGAAAUUAGUGAAUUGAAUAUUAUAACCUAUUGGCGAUAAAAAAAAAGGAAUCAAAUUAUUGUAGAGACAAUUGGGUUUAAAUGAAAUUGGACAGAAAUGAAAAUUCCAUUGAUACUUAUUUAUUGCACUGUUUGAAAGAAAUCUGGCAGAAAGAAAAUUUGUAACCCAAAAAUAUAUUGCUAAUGCAUUUGUAAAUAAGAAGUAAACCAGUUAAAAAGAAAGAUGUUCUAAGAUUAAUAUUUCAAAGAUGUUUCUGUAUUGCACAAUAGCAAGAGGAAGGAAGCAAGGUCCGGCGGAGAAGAAACAUGUAAUGCAAUUCCAAAGCAAAAAUAUUUUAAAUAAUGAAAAUAUAUAAAGAUAAGAGGGGGUGUGGAAUAAGAAAACAAAUUGAUAAAUUGUCCAGUUGAAUGAUAUUCACUGUUGACAUUCGAUAUCACGGAUCAUACGUUUCCGAUUGGGUUUUGCAACCAAAUAGAAAAUGCCAUGAAUGAGUCUGAGUACCGACUUGUCCGACACUUCAUCGAACCCAACCUUCUUCCUGAAGGCAAGAUCUUAAACAGGAGGUUGAGAUUGUGAUUCUUAUUAGACAUUAUAUCAUUUGGCUUCUUUAGUAUUCUUUUACAUUCUUCUGCUAGAUCCUCUGUGAUUCCUAUGAUUUACAACACUUUGCAUUUUCUGAAAAUCCCGGGGGUGUCGUGGUCUACUGGUUACGACUCUCGUCUUUCAAUCAGAGAGACGUGGGUUCGAACCCCAGCCGUGGCGUGUUUUGCUUCAUCAAAAAAAAUGUACCCACAUUGUGCCGCACUCGACCCAGGUGAGGUGAAUGGGUACCCGGUAGGAUUUAUUCCUUAAAUGCUUUAGCGCCUAUAUGGCAGCUCAGCUACAGCCGGAGUAAUAUUAUGAUACCAAGUAUCAAGCGCAGUAGAGUAUAUGCAAUUAUAGUAGCUACGCUAUAUAAAUGGACCAUAUUAUUAUUAUUAUUAUAUAUGCUCUAAACCAUAAUGUGCCCUGCUAUAGACAUCUUGAGUCUGGAAGACGUCAGGCAGCCCAGUACCCAUUAUCAUCACUCAUCUGUACAUAUCAGCAAAGUCAUUCUGUAAUCGAACACAACAGACAAAAUAAACAUCCAGUCAAUAUUCCAAAAGAUACAGCUUGAGAAUGGGCCCAACAAGGGUUGAAUAUUAGGUUUGAACUUGAGCUGACCUUACCAUAACAUUUCUUCUAAGAAAGACUUUUCAACAUGAGCAAUAUUCCAAUGGUUAUGUGGCAAUUCUUCCAUAAUGUGGACAAUGUCACCCACAUAAACAUCGUUCUCCUGCUCGUUCCAUCUCUGUCGCGAUUGAAUUGUGUAGGCAGGUACUCCUUCCUCCAUGACCCAAACAGUCAACCAAUUCUUUCGCAAAUUCACACUUCAGUGUCAAAUUGCGUUCUUCCAAUUGCGUCAGAACUCUAUCAUGUUUCUUAAAUGCUCAUCCUCUGAAUGACCUGACACAAGAAUAUCGUCCAGUAUGCCUGCACUCCCGGCAAAUCCUGUAAAACUUGCUCAAUAAGACCAAAGACCAAUCAGUUUUUGUUGAAACAACCCUUUAUGACUCGACAGAUUGGUAUACUUCUUCAACACAGAGAUGUCAAAACCUUUUCGGUGGAUCAGUCCUCUUUUGUCAUAUAGCUUGACCAUGUGUAAACCUUUGACAUUGAUAUUAUCCUCAGUGUACACACAUGGCAUCUUCACCUUGCUGUUGUCACCAAUAUCUGCUAUUUUUCUUCCUCACUACACCCCAUAGAGCGCCAGAUGGUUAAUCCUAGCUCGCUUCAUGAGGGUGAGAAAAUAUCCGCCGGGCUGAGGCGACGUGCUCUCCCACCUCCCCGAUAUAUGCAGGGGUCAUGAAUUUGACACCCCCAACAGGGAGAUAUGGAGAAUCUGUUUCCAGCAAUAGCUUAUCAAGAGGGACCCUCCUCAAGGCGUCCAACUGCUCCCCAGUGAAAUGCUUCACCAUGCAGCUGAAGCUAAAGUAGGUGUUGGGGAAAACUUUUCCCCAAGCCUCGACCUCUUGAGGUCCAAGGGUACAACAGUGGAUAUGAUUCCUCUGAUAUCUGUUGACCCUUUUCCUGGUUGCUUCUCGGACAAUCCGAGAAGGGAUAUCAGAAGUUUGUCCCUCUUGUCCCCGCAGGUGCAGUACGAGGACUUUACCAGUAGCCCCGACCUGCUCCAGGAUGGUCGUAUAGACCAGCAACUGCUUUGACCAGGUCGAGGGCGGGAGAAAGUGAUCCAAACCAAUCUCCCCGAGAGCGCUUGUCUUAGGGUCACAGGCCAGUCGGCCCAGGGCGUCUAAGUCUGCUUCCUCGAAACUGGAAGUGAAGCAGGGGAGUACCCCCAACGAGACCUUCCAGUUACGACCCUCCGGGAACACAAUGUUCUUGUACCUCUGGUGAUCGCAGAAAUUCGCGACACCCCCGGUUAGACAGACUGGGACCCGAGGCUCCCUGCCCAAUGUCAACUCAGCACACCUCCAGCCCUUCUUUCCAAGAGGACCCUCCAGGAAGGGAUAUCAGAAGUUUGUCCCUUUUUAUAUACUGGACAAACUAUACAC